UCAGCGGCCGCCUCCUCUUUGUUGUUGGUGAUGACAUAUUGAAAAUAUUGUUGUUGCUGCUGGAGGCUCGCGGAGACUCGGCGGAGGGAGACAGCGGCAGGGUGGACGGGCUGUGAGGCUUCAGUGCGGUCGAGUCCCGGCUCUUCUCUUUACUGUGUUCGCCUGUAAACAGCAGCGAUGUCGGUGAACGUGGACGAACUCAGACACCAAAUCAUGAUCAACCAGUUUGUUCUGACGGCCGGUUGCGCCGCGGAUCAGGCGAAGCAGCUCCUCCAGGCGGCCCACUGGCAGUUCGAGACGGCCUUAAGCUCCUUCUUCCAGGAGGCCAACAUCCCCAGUCACCACCACCAGAUGAUGUGCACCCCGAGAAACACUCCCGCCACGCCGCCCAACUUCCCCGACGCCAUCACCAUGUUCUCCAAGCUGCGGACGUCAGACUGCGGCUCCGGCGGCGGCGGCCCCUCCCAGGCGUCCAUGGCCUGCUCCCCGCCGCCGCCCUCCUCCUCCACGUCGGGCUUCGGCUCCUUCUGGGCCUCCUCGCCGCCCAGCCACCAGCCGGCCUGGCUGCCGCCGUCGUCACCCACCGGCCACCACAUGCACCACCACCACUACCACCACCACAUGCAACAGACUCCCAUGUGGCCCCCCGUCUCUCAGCCCAGCGGCUCCCAGCAGCCCCCCGUCGUAUCGGCGCUCCACGGCCAGAGAUGAGACUGAGCGGCGGGCUGCGGGGGCGGGGCUGGUUCGGGUGUAGCCAAAUGAGAGAGGGGGGAGGGAGGUUGUCGGGGAUGGGGGGGGGGGGGGGGGGGGGGAGGGUUCAUGUGUGGAAUGAGAGGAAAUGGAAAAAGACAAAGAAACUGCUGUUUUCUU